AUGGAAAACUCCAAAGGUUCCCUCCAUAGUAGUUCCGGGUCUUUCAACAAUCUUUUACCUCCCUUUGGACACCAAAGCAAAAGCGAUAACCCAACCGACGCAAUUCCUAUCAAAAGUCCGUUGGAGAGACUGAGUACGUCGACGGAGCCAAGUUCUCAACAAGCCUUGACACGAACACCGAAAAAAGCAUUAUCAAGAGCUGGCGAGACUUCCUCUGUUGCUGCUGUAGUAAGUCCUAGACAAUCCAAGCGUCUUUUCUCCGAGGUGUCAGUUCAAUCUCCAAGAAAGAAGAAACAAAUUCAGUCGGUUGAUUUACCAUUUACAAAAGGUGGAUAUGGUGGCUUUUACGACUCUAGAAAUGGAAGCUUAAAAUUCACAAAACAUGAACUUAUGGUUACAUAUGCUGACCGGUUUCACGUUCCUCCUAUCCAUUUUCCGGUACACGUUUUUAAGCGUGUAUUUUGGCUUCAGGGCUGGCGAGACGCUCAUGUAGAGUCGCCCGUUCAUGCUAUCCAGAUAACCCUAAAAAGUCGGGAUAUGAAGCGCAUAGUGCGAGGAGACUCAACAAGCAUGCUUUUUUUGUACAACCCAAAUCAUGUUGAAGCAGCCCGUGCCGGUUUGGAUUUGUUUGAUCAAUCUGAAUUCAGCCUUCUUUCUCCUUCCUCGGCCAAGGAAUUUCAGCAUCUGUUGACUGUUAAACAGCCUGCUCCUAGCUCAUCGGCUACCUCCUCUCCUUCCAUUUCCCGCGUAAAAAAUGCCCCCUCUAAAUCCGUUCAAUCUAGUCCUUCCUCUAGCCAAUCUCGUUCAGCUACAUCUCACUCACCAAACAAUCAAGUUGCUACACCUAUUGGCAGCCCUAAAACGCCUAAAAGUGCAAAAGCUCCCACCGUUUCUAUAGAGUCACUGAAAUCUACGCCGAGUCGGCCAUCUCUUAAUAGCACGCCUAGGUCGGCUUCCACUGCUCUCAAACGCAUACCGUCGUUACCCAGCGUCUUUGGGGACAAUCAUGGAACCUUUUAUAAUGAAAUUACUGCCUCGCAGGAAUCCGACAAAUCUCUCGUUUCUGAAAUACCGUGUCAUACCCUUCUUAUUUAUCCAUUUACUGGUACAAACACCAUUUCUGUAAACAAUAUUGACUUAGUUCGAUUAAACGAUGGUGAAUUUUUGAAUGACACUAUCGUCGAUUUUUAUUUACGUUAUUUAUAUUGUAAACUAGAAAAAGAAAACCCUUCUUUAGCACAGUCAACGCAUAUCUUUAAUUCCUUUUUCUUUAGUCGACUAGUCUCAAAGGACAAGGAUGGUAAGCGAUUAGGUCAAAGCGGAGUGCGAAAAUGGACGCAGAAAUUUGACUUGUUUACCAAAAAGUUUGUUAUUGUUCCUAUAAAUGAAAUGUUUCACUGGUAUCUGGCAAUUAUCUGCAACAUAGAUCAAUUAGUACCGGCAAACCACAAAAACUCUUCCGAGGAGGAAGACGAAAUUACUUUACCCUCGGCGCAAAACGAUAAGUCAGAGAAUAAAGUUGUCCUUACAAGUAAUAGCCCAGUUAUUCUGAUCUUUGAUUCUUUGGCGAACAUGCACAAAGGUAGUUUGAAGUAUCUACGAGAUUACUUGAUUGAUGAGGCCUGGGAAAGGAAGAAAGUACAGUUGAAGCCAACUGAUAUUCGCGGGUUCCAUGCCAAAGUGCCACAACAGAGUAAUUUUUCCGAUUGUGGUAUCUUUGCACUUCACUUUGUAGAAUUAUUUCUUGAAGCGCCUCAUCAAGUGCUAUCAGAUAUCUUGGACAAGUCAGCAAGACAGAAUGUAUCCCAAAGUUUUGAUGAACGUUGGAAUGUUCAUAAAAUUAAUACUAGACGGGAAGAUAUUAGAGGUUUAAUUGGAAACUUAUCUAAAGAAUGGAUGUCUAAUAAUAAGGACAACCAACUGUCCUCUGAAAAUUCAAAGGACAACAAUGAUGACGAUGAUGAUGACCUUACUGUUCUGUAA